CUUCUGGUUUCCAUGGUAUCUUCUUUGUUUUAGGGGUUGGCUCCAGUUCAAUGCCCCUCUGGGAUUUCCAGGGGAGUACAAUGCUGACCAGCCAGUAUGUUCGAUUGACCCCUGAUGAGCGCAGUAAGGAGGGUUCAAUCUGGAACCGAGUGCCCUGCUUCCUAAAGGAUUGGGAGCUCCAUGUCCAUUUCAAGAUCCAUGGAAUAGGCAAGAAAAAUCUGCACGGAGAUGGUUUUGCUCUGUGGUAUACUCGGGAGCGCCUUACUGCAGGCCCUGUCUUUGGCAGCAAAGAUAACUUCCAUGGACUGGCCAUUUUCCUGGACACUUACCCAAAUGAUGAAGCUACAGAGGUAAGUAAUGACACACACUGGCCUGAGAGCGUGAUGUGUGUUGUAAAAUCUCUCUCUCUACUUCUCUUUCCCACCUCCUCUCCUUUAGAUAACGUGGAUGACCCGACAGGAAACUUCCGCAGUGGGCCCUUGACGGGCUGGAAGGUGUUCCUCUUGCUCCUGUGUUCUCUGCUUGGCAUCAUUGUUUGUGCCGUGGUGGGAGCCGUGGUCUUCCAGAAACGCCAGGAGCGGAACAAGCAAUUUUACUAGAGGGGGAAGCAAGCCCACAUUCUGGGCAUUUGGGAAUAUUUUUUACAGGGGGGAGGGAGAAUUGUAUAGACUCUGGCUUCGAAAAGGCUCUUUCAGAGAAAUACACAGAUUAUUUUCAUAUCUUUUCCCCCCACCUGGCAGCACAAGCCCGACAACAUAUGUCAGAACAAUCAGGAAGGUAGGGGGAGCACCUUUUCUCUCUUUCUGAAUACUAUUCAGAGCCGUCAGCCCCUCUUUUAACACCUUUUUUAAAAAGGAGGGGAAAGAACUGUGGUUCGAGGUGGGUGUUCCUGCUCUAUGGGGCAUGACUCUGCAUCCCAGCUAGUAUGUGCUGGUGUUUCUCUAACAGGGCAAUAUUUCCAGAGUCCUGCUAACUGCUGGCAGCAAUUUUCUUGCCUGGCCCGUAAGCCGCCUUCAAGGUGGAUGUUUUGAACUGAAUGUAUUUUGUAAUCUCACUGGCCUUGGUACUUCCUUUUAGUACCAGCUCUUUCUCUACUGCUGAAAGUGAGACUAAUUUACACCAAACAACUGGUGACUAUCAAAUGUGAUCUCUCCCGCCCCCUCCCCCUUUGGUGAUGGAACCUGUGAUUGCAUUGGUCUGAGAGAGUGGGAACUUGAUUUUUUCCAGUUACUGUGGAGUAUAUGCCAAAAUUUGGUCACAGACAUUCAGGUCCUGCUCUGAAUCAUCGCAUUAAACUUCUGAACUAGGUGGUUCUGGUGGUGGGACCUUGCCAUAGCCACAUAGCUGCGUGUGGGUCUGCAAGAUGAUGGGUGAAAGAGAGGGUGUGUGAAAUAAAAAUGGAAAACUGA